AUGGUUGAAGGGCCAUCAAUUGAGGAAUUUGAUGAAGAACUUGGUGAGUGGAUCACCAUUUACACCGCAUCCCCAACAUUCGCCCACACUACACCCAUCGCCUCAUCUAACUACCCAAAGUUCUAUGCACCAGAAUCAAAAUUCGAUUCUACUGGUGCAUCAUCAUAA